AUGACAACCUUUGAGCCCUCCCUCAGCACCACGAUGCGCCUCUCUCCGCACGAUGCGCCGUCCAUGGCCGACCAGCUACCUUCGAUCAACUUUGGCUUCGACGACCUACGCAGCCGCAUGAAUCAAUUCACUGCGCGCUUUGAUGCUUUCAUCGAAAAUGGGAGGCGACGAGUGCUAGAAGAACGCAACCAGUUUCGCAUGAAUGUUGCAGAGCUUCAUGAGGACCAGCGCAUGAGAAGGCGCGACAUUGAGAUCCUCGAACUCAAACAAACCCAGCACUCGCAAACCGUCUCCAAAGAAUCUCAAGAAACUAGCGAGAUGCAAGAAGCCAUCUCUGCCUUGACCCUACAACGCGACGAGCGCCUCGCCCACCGCGACACCCUACGCGCCCAAAUUGCUGAAGUUCAAAAGAGCAUCUCAGCGCGCCGCGAAGCCCAACUCAAGCACCGCCGCUAUCUCGACGGCCAGUCGCGGUACAACGAGCCAGAGCUGGACUUUUGGGAAAGCUAUCUCGGAAUGAGAAUUGAGGGGCUAGGUAAAGAUGAUAGGCUCAAGUUCGUGUAUACGAAUGUGGAUGAGCGCGAGUGGGAUCGGGAGGCGUGGUUUGAGCUAGACACUUCUGAACGCGACUACAAGGUGCUAGAAGUGCGGCCAAAAGUAGAGAGGGAAGAGAUCGAUAGGGUCAUCGAGCGACUGAACGAGACGAGGGAUCUUGCGAGCUUCUUGAAGGGUAUGCGAGAGCUGUUUGUAGGAGCUUGCAAGUAG